GAGAAGAGGGAAGAGAAGAGGAGGGAAGAUUUUUAGGGCGUGGCACGGCGGUGAGCUCCAGAGGGCCCGAUGGCGGAGGAGGGAGGAGCGAUCGUGACAAAGGCGGCGGCGGCGGCUCUUGCUCCUCCUCCUCCUCCUCCGUGCGCUGAGGGCAAGGAGAAUGUGGCUCCAGACGGCGAGAAAGGGAUCAUUGGAAGCCCUCUUCCCGAUGGAUUUCCUCGCAGGCCGCUCCAGGAUAUCACUCAGGUGCUCGAAUCGGACAAUAGAACCGAGAGCAUAACGAUCACUUGCACUGGACAGUCCAAAACAACUCGGGCCAAGAAAGGUACAACAAAAACUACGACGACAUGCAAGGGCAAAGAAAACAGACGUUGCAAGUCGCGAACGGGCCUCGAGCAAGUGGUACUUGUCACGAGCUCCAAGAUGCAGCAGGCCGAAGGCGAUUCUCCUACAGUGGAAACCUUGGACGACAUAAAACAAGCGCACACGCCGUCGCAAUCCACAGUUCACUCAGAGCAAACUACAAGUCGCUCCAGACACAGCGAUGGCGAAAAACAAGAGGAUGCCGCAGCAGAGGGUACGCUCCAACCGGGUGCCGCGGCUCUAGGCGACGAAGGGGAAGAUUCCGGUGUGGUUUUGCGGAAAAAGAAGAGGAAAUCUCAGGCACAAGCACAGGCAACGGCAGCCGCGAAGCCAAAACACAACAAGAGCAGCAUUCUCAAAUUCAGGUGACCAACUUGGUCCCCUUGUCUCAACUUCAUCUGAUUAAAAAAAAGUGCCUAAAGUGCUUAGGACUAAAUCUUAGUUGAGCUUGAAACUAUUAGUUGUACAUCUCUUGAAUCAGCAUAUUUGAUUUAAACUUC